AAAGUAGUCGAAGUUGCUCCUGCAUUGAAUUUAGAUUCAAAUCUUCGUGAAAAAAUUCUUGCUGAUGCUAUUAAACUUGCCAAAUCUGUAAAUUAUCGCAACGCUGGUACAGCUGAAUUUUUGGUUGAUCAACAAAAUAGACAUUAUUUUAUUGAAAUUAAUCCAAGAAUUCAAGAGAUUACUGGUAUAGAUAUUGUAGCAGCACAAAUUCAAAUAGCUGGAGGCGCUUUACUUUCUCAUCUAUCACUGAUUCAAAACAGAAUUCAAACCAGAGGAUUUGCAAUCCAGUGUCGUGUUACCACUGAAGACCCAUCAAUGAAUUUUCAACCGGAUACUGGUAAGAUAGAGGUGUAUCGAUCAUCUGGUGGUAAUGGUGUUAGAUUGGAUGGUGGUGCCGGGUAUGCAGGUGCA